AUUACGGACAUUUUAUGUAAAACUCUACAUUUAAAAUCUUAGUUAUAGAUAUGUUUGAGUGUAAAAUUAUAUAAUUAUAAUUCUUUAUAUAUUUAAUAUAUGAGAACCAUCGAUGUGAUAUAUGUCAAUUUAAUCAUACACCGGUGAUAGAAUUUAUUAUGGAAGUUUUUUUAAAACAUAUUUUCAAUAAAUAACUGUUCAAGUUAAUUUUGUGCUCAUAAUGCAUAUUAUGUUAAAAUUGACGAAUACACAAUAAUCUGGAAUUGAAGAAAUUUAAAUCACAUAGACAUGAAAAUCAAUUUUAUUGUAGGUGAAUUUAAGAGAAUCCAAGCGUAUGAUCACAGGUGAUCUUGACAUUCGUCUCCUACCUUCGAUCCCCAUAUACUUGGGGCAUGGUAAAAUAAAGUUGCUAAUUAUAGUAUAAUUAUUUAUUAAAUAUUUAUAUUUAUAUUUUUUUAUUUUUAAAUUGGAAGUUUACUUUAUAGUAUACUUAAAUUCUUCUAGAUUUAUCACAGAUGGCUCCAACGGUAAAAAAGAGCAAGAAGCAGCCAGCCCCGGCUCCACUUGCUAAACCAAAAGAAACUAAGGCAAAGAACCCAUUUUUUGAGAGAUUGCCACGUGAUUUUGGCAUUGGCCGUUCUAUCCGUCCAAGAGUUAAUUUGUCACGUUAUGUCCGUUGGCCGAGGUAUAUUAAGAUCCAACGUCAACAUAGAGUUUUACUCCAAAGACUUAAAAUACCACCCGCUUUAAAUCAAUUUAACUACACCAUUGACAAGAGUCAAGCACUCCAGUUGCUUAGGUUUUUGAGUAAAUACAAGCCAGAGACUAAGAAGGAGAAGGCAGCACGACUUUUGAAGGAUGCAGAACUUGCAGCAUCAGGCGCAGAAGUGGCGACCAAGAAGCCUUUUAUGCUUAAAAGUGGUCUUAAUCAUGUAACAAAUUUGGUGGAGUACAAGAAGGCGAAGCUCGUUGUAAUCGCUCACGACGUAGAUCCAAUCGAGUUAGUUUUAUGGCUCCCUGCACUAUGCAGGAAAAAGGAGGUCCCGUACUGUAUAAUUAAAAGCAAGAGUAGGCUAGGGAAGCUCGUUCACCAGAAAACCGCAUCAGUAGUGGCAGUUGACAAUGUUAGGAAGGAAGACCAGGCGGAAUUUGACAAUCUGGUGAGGACAUUCACGGCAAUGUUCAAUGAGAACUCCGAGUUGAGGAAGCGUUGGGGAGGCCACAUCAUGGGAAUCAAGUCCCAGCACAUGAUAGCCAAGCGUGAAGCUUUAAUCGCUAUGGAAAACGCUAAGAAAUUAGGUUUAACCUAUAACUAAAUAUUUAUACAAUGCUCUAAUCAUUUAUUUUACAUAUUUUAUU